UGCUUACUGCUGUAGACGCUUCUGCGUGAGUCAUUGUUGUUGACCGGACGCCCGCCAGAACGUGCUUUGCGGUUACCCGGAUAUCUCGUGUUCGUGGGGUUCCUCAACGGUUUCUCGCCCAAGCGGAGGGAAGGUCUGGAGAGUGCCUCAGCAACCCCAAUCGGAGUGCUUUGCUAGCGUGAGAGUGAGCGACACAUGGCAGACGAAGCACCGACCUCCGAGCCGUCGCUAGCCUGCGACAACACCCCGGCCACUCGGGAGAUGCCUACGGCAGCAGUAGAAGUCCAACAACGUGGGAGCGGUAGCGUGAGCGGCAAUGAUGGGGAGCUAAACGAUGGCAGCACCACCAAUACCGCCAACGAUGUUACGCCGAGUACAGCCACAACAGGUGCCGCCUUGGGCGCCGGUGAUGGGGCUGCUGCUGUUGUUGCUGUUGCUGCUGCAACGAACGGGGGAGAAGUGGGGAAUGGAAGGCCGCCUCGAACGCAAUCAAUCAGGCAGGGUCGGAAGGAGAAACGGAAGGCGGGAUGGGCGGCGAAAAAAACUCGGAUCAAGGAGAAGAAGAGGGAAGAGCGAGAACGGAGGGAGGAAGCGAUGCGCAAGGAGGGACAGGAAAUCCCGGUGGCGGGAAAGAACUAUAAAGAGCUCCCUCAAGAACAGUGGUCCGUCAGUCAGCGAAUUCGAAACGCCAAGCGGAUGGAGUUCGAAACGUUAUCCAAGGAGGGCGGCUACCGCGUGUGCAUCGACAUGGCAUUCGACGACCUCAUGCUGGAGAAGGCGCAAGCUAGCUUAGUGCAGCAGGUCCUUUACGCGUACGGCACGAAUCGGAAGGCUGCUCAGCCGUGUCGUGUGACGUUGAGCGGGAUGGGACCGGUCAUGACCGCGAAGGUCAACAAGCUGCAAGGCUUCGACACGUGGCUGGGGAUGACCUCUGACGCGCGCUGUUACACCGAGAUCUUCGACAAAGAGGAGCUGAUAUACCUUAGCGCCGAUUCGCCAGCCACCAUCACCCAUUUAGAAAAGGGCAAGGUGUACAUCGUGGGGGGCCUGGUCGACAGGAACGCGCACAAGGGGCUGUGCUACGAGAAAGCCAAGAAACAAGAGAUCGUGACGGGCAGGCUCCCGCUCAAGAAGAAAGACUUGUAUGGAGCCCACAGCAAGGUGCUAGCAACAAACCACGUGUUCGACAUCCUAGUCCGGGCGAUGGGAAACGGGGGCAACCUUGAAACGGUUGAGAAGAAGGCCCUACCUCCCCGCAAGCGUGCGAACUGGACUGGCGGUGAUGACCGAGGCCCCUCCAGCAUGCCUAUCCGCAAACAGAAAUCGGAGAAACCCGACGAAACGUCUGCGGAAUCCGACCGCAACAGUCCGGAGUUGAGAGUUGCGGGAAAGGAGGGAGAACGGGCAGCAGGGACGGACCCUGGUGGCGAGAGCAAGGAGGGGUCGACAACAGCGGGAGAUAACAACGAGAAGUUCGGGGAGGGGGGCGAGAAGGUGGACGAGGGGGAUGAAGCGGAGACGGGUAAAACCGGGGUCAAACGGGUGCUAGACGACGGGUGUAGGGAGGAGACAUGCUCCUCUGGAAUGAACGCUAAGCGCAGGAAUGCGCAGUCCGCAGGUCCAGGGUGAAUGGCCGGUGACUCGGCGGAGGAAGCUUGUUGAGAGAGAAUCGGAAGAACAGGAGGAGUCGGAGGGGUAUGGGAUGGGCAGGUUUGACCUUUCGUGGAUGACAACCGAUGCGCGGUUUGAGUUGAAGGCGGUGGUGUCGCGAGGCGGGAGAGAGGUGGAAUAGGCUGGUGCGGAACAAACGUCGACUUCAAACCUUUCAUUAUCGCGUGUUUAGCGGCCAUGUAGCAGCAGCAGCAGC